ACGGGAGGGGCUGGAAAGAAUGAAAUCGUUUAUAACAGCGCUCAGCGCUUUGGCCUAAUUUGAUAACUCGGGUUUCUAAUUUGGUUUAAUUUGGGAAAAGCCCCGUUGGUUGAUGCGCGAAACAAUCGGGAGUCGAAAAUGGAAGCAAGGAAAGAGGAAGAGUUGGUAGAGGUGAUUCACUCAUGGUCUGCUCCUAGAUCUCUCAGUACCGUUCUCAUGUACUCUUUUGCUCAGAGGGAUGAUAUAGAAGUGCUUGAUGAACCCUUGUACGCAAAUUUCCUUCAUGUAACUGGUGUCGGAAGGCCCUACAGAGAAGAAGUUCUAUCAAAAAUGGAAUCUGAUGGGAAUAAAGUUGUGAAAGAUAUCAUUUUUGGCCCAGGAGAAAAUAAAUAUCGGUUCUGUAAGAGACAAAACAUGCCUGAUAGAAUUCUUCUGAGCAGAGAAAUGGAAAAAUCCAGCAUUGAUCUCCUGACAGAAUUUAACUUGGAUUUUGAGAAGCAUAUCUCAAAACAACGUGUACCUGGUUUGUCUGAUGAUUUGAUAAAAAAUGGAAAGCACUUCAUAUUAAUACGAAAUCCACUUAGUAUUUUGCCAUCUUUUGACAAGGUCGUGCCCCCAUCGUUUCUCGAGCUAGGAUUGGGAGAAUUGGUCUCCAUAUACAGUGAGCUUUGUGAAUUGGGAAAGCCCCCAGCAGUCAUUGAUGCAUCAGAACUUCAAGAAAAUCCCGAGGCUACUUUACGUCAGCUUUGUGAAGACUUGGAUAUUCCGUUUCAACCUGCUAUGCUGAAAUGGCAAGCUGGUCCAAAAUCAGUUGAUGGCAUUUGGGCUCCGUGGUGGUAUGGAAGUGCACAUAAAUCAACAGGAUUCAAACGAGCAAGGAAGUAUCCUGCGCCAUUUCCGUCCUCUUUGUAUGACUUGUUGGAGCAAAGUUUACCUUUCUACAACAUGCUUAGGCGCCAUGCAAAGGGGAUUUCUUUGCUGAAACCCCAACUACCUCGUCCCAAUCUUCCUGUUCCUGCUAAUGAGAAGCUGCUUGUUUGGGUUGGUGAUGAGAUUGUACCCCGUGACAGUGCGAAGGUUUCAGUGUUUGAUUCAGUUGUUCAAGGUGGUGAUUCAGUGUGGGAGGGGCUUCGAAUUUACGAUGGCAAGAUAUUUAAGCUUGAGGAGCAUUUAGAUAGAUUGUUUGAUUCAGCAAAAGCUCUGGCUUUCAAUAACGUACCAUCUCGUGAAGAGAUUAAGGAGGCCAUAUUUAAAACCCUUAUUACGAAUGGAAUGUUCCAUAAUGUGCACAUCCGGCUCAGUUUGACGCGUGGGAAGAAGGUUACUUCAGGAAUGAGCCCAGCUUUCAAUCGUUAUGGAUGCACCUUAAUUGUUCUUGCUGAAUGGAAGCCACCUGUCUAUGACAAUACCAAGGGUAUAACUUUGGUGACUGCAACUACACGUCGUAAUUCACCAAAUAAUUUGGAUUCCAAAAUUCACCACAACAACCUCCUCAACAACAUACUAGCGAAGAUAGAAGCAAAUAAUGCAAAUGCUGAUGAUGCCAUAAUGCUUGAUAAGGAAGGUUAUGUGUCUGAAACAAAUGCUACAAACAUUUUCUUAGUGAAGAGAGGCCAUGUUGCGACACCUCAUGUUGAUAGCUGUCUUCCUGGCGUAACUCGAGCAACUGUCAUGGACCUUGUGGUAAAGGAAAAUAUCAUUUUAGAGCAGCGACGUAUUAGUCUGUCAGAGUUUCAUACUGCAGACGAGGUCUGGACAACGGGAACAAUGGGAGAACUCAGCCCGGUUGUGAAGAUUGAUGGGCGCGUAAUUGGUGAUGGAAAAGUGGGACCAGUGACUCAAAGGUUGCAAAAUGCUUACAAAAACCUGACAGAUGAUUCGGGAGUGCCUAUACCCACAUAUCAGAAGGCUUGAAUACUGCAUCUGUAUGGCACACAAAUGGUGAAGUGGAAGCAGAGGUCGAAGAUGAAAAUGAGUAGGAACUCAUCUUUGUUUCAAGGAGUUGAAUACUACCUUGAACCAUGUUUGUGUAUUCUUAUUUAUUUGUUCUUUCAUUUGUUCCUUGUAAUAAAAUAAAAAUCAUGUUUGGUUAAUUUGAAUUUCUGGUGUUUGCAACAGAACACUGAACAAGGCAAAAACUUCAAACUCACCAUCUAAAAAAAAUAAAGAUACAUGAUUUUUUUGUUGUUAUAUAAAAAUUUAGUUUGAAUGA